GUGUUCUCGUUGUUGCCGCAUUAGCCAUACGCUCAGCACACGCACAAGGCUCAUUGCACAGCAGACGUGCCGCGUACUUGCUGCUAUUGUUUGCUGUUUUUGGGUCGACACGAGUAACACUAAUUCAGAUCAGCGAUGUGGCUUUAGAAUAAUAGUAUUCGUCUUUUGGAAUGGGUAGCUGUCAGGAAUGCUGAACUCAGAGGAGUCGUUGAAUGACCAUUUCCCAUCAGCCAGCGAAAAGCGGCUAGCUGUUCGAUUGUUAACUUUAUGGAAGUAAAGGCGUCAAAGUAUCGUUCUUUCAACUGCUAGGCUUACGAGGAAGAUAUUUUCCUUCGCCUUUCACGGUUCUAGUGCUAGGUUCGAACCCCGUACUGAGAUGAUGAAAUCAUAUGGAUCCCCGGCAAAGGGGAGCGGACGAGCGAGUAGGCUUCGGCUGUUUUCGUUGAUCGUGAUAUGUCUAGGCGUGGUGACGUGGCUGCACUAUGACGUGCCGGAGAAAGCGGAGACUAAGAAAGCCGAUCCCAACACGAUCGCCAGGAUGUGCGAGGGCCGGUACAUUUACAUGUACGACUUGCCUGCGAGAUUCAAUAAGGACGUGGUGGCCAAGUGCCGUGGCCGCGACGACACGGGCCAGCGGUGUGCGGAGCUGAGCUCAUGGGGCAUGGGCGUGCCGUACAACUCCAAGAAGCCCGAGUACGCGGGCGUGGCGCACUGGUGGUCCACGUCGCUGUACAGCACGGAGCUGCUGCUGCACCACCGCCUGAGCAACCACCUCUGCCUCACGCCGCACGCCGCCCAGGCGCACCUCUUCUACGUCCCCUUCUACCCGGUCUGCUCUGGAGCACGUGCUGGGCUUCUCCAACACCACCAUCGACGAGUACUAUGACGACUUGGCGCGCUGGAUUCGGCGGCAACCCGCUUU